GUGCGCUUCCCCGGUCGCUGGUCCCGCGCCUCCUCCGGCCAGUUUGCGGACUGCUGGGAGUCGGAGCUGCGGGACUCAUCUCAGGCUGCAGAGAUUCUUCCCCCCUUGUCUGCGCAGCUCGGCUCCGCAAUGCCGGUGGACCUCGGCAAGUGGUCCGGGCCUUUGAGCCUGCAGGAAGUGGACGAGCGGCCGCAGCAUGCGCUGCAGGUCAAAUACGCCGGGACAGAGGUCGACGAGCUGGGCAAAGUGCUGACACCCACCCAGGUUAAGAACCGGCCCACCAGUAUUGGGUGGGAUGGCCUUGAUCCAGGUAAACUCUACACCUUGGUCCUGACAGAUCCGGAUGCUCCCAGCAGGAAGGACCCCAAGUACAGGGAGUGGCACCAUUUUCUGGUGGUCAACAUGAAGGGCAACAACAUCAGCAGUGGCACAGUCCUCUCCGAUUAUGUUGGCUCUGGGCCUCCCAAGGGCACAGGCCUUCACCGCUAUGUCUGGCUGGUUUACGAGCAGAAUGGGCCACUGAAGUGUGACGAGCCCAUCCUCAGCAACCGAUCUGGAGACCACCGCGGCAAAUUCAAAGUGGCAUCUUUCCGCAAAAAGUACGAGCUUGGGCCCCCGGUGGCCGGCACGUGUUACCAGGCAGAAUGGGAUGACUAUGUUCCCAAACUCUAUGAGCAGCUGUCUGGGAAGUAGGGGAAUGCUAGGAGACAGAAACUGUCCCGGAAGUCUCUCCCAGUGUUCUCAAGUUCAGUGAUGCAUGUAGAUUUCUCCGCUUCCCCAUUCCCAUUCUCACAGGUGAGGCCUGAGCAAUCAGAUAGUGGUUUAGAGUGACUUUUCCUUCUGCCUAUCCUUUAUAAUUCUAGAGGGUCACACCCCCGUUUAUGUUUUGAUCAAAUUUGAACUCCAUUUCGGGGGAUGUUCUGGUACUGUGUUGGGGUCAUCAAAUUGUUAAUAUAAGAAUAGCAACCCAGAAUUUAAAGAAAUAAAAAUUCAGGUAAAAAGACCAGGUCUAUAGUAAUAGAGCAGAGCGUCAAAGAAUCUUUAAGGGAGAUUUAAAAAAAAAAAAAAAAGAUUGCCUCUGCCUUUGUGAGCCUGAGUCCGGAAUUGUGCAUGAGGGCACUUCUGGGUCAUGUUUUCAUGACCCUGUCUCUCACCAAGAGAGCCAGAGGUUGGCGUGUCCGUUAACUCCCAACAUGGUACAUUUCGGACUGUUUACUAGGGAUCAGUGUCCUGCUCUGGCUCCUUUGAAGAGCAGUACUGGAAAAAGCAAUAGGGAGAGUGGCUUUGCAGUUAAGACACGGCCAUCUAGAUGAGCUGCAGGGCUGGGUGAGGGGUAGUCAGAAAUCCCUAAGUCUGUGCCAGUUGAACUGGUCACUCUUCGUCUGUAGAAAAGCCGAUCUGGAGUUGCGGAAUGUUGUGUUAAUUCUGCUGUUUGCUUAUAGUUGAAUUAAAAUAAAAACAUUGUGUGGCUGAA